AUGGAAUCUCUAGGUAAAAGAAAUCAAAGAUUACAUGAUUCAGAUGAUGACAGAGAUGGAAGUAAUUAACAUGAUGAAUCUAAAUCAUCCAAAAAUGAUGAUUCUAAUGAACCAAGAAAUUUCAAAAGACAAAGGCAUGAUAGCUCAGAUGAAAAUAGUGAAGAAAAUUCAUAGGAUCGAAAUCCUAUUGUUGAGGAUGAAGGAGAUCUAUAUGAAAAUGAAAUGAUGAAGUUGUAUUAGGAAGCAUAAAAUUAAUUAAUGCAAGAGGAUGAAUUAUUCAAAAAUAUGUCAAAUGCAGAAAUCUAAAGAAUUCUCAAUGAAAAUGAGUUUGAGGAAGUUAAGUUAGAGAAAAACUCAAUUAAAAAAAUGAUCGCAAAGCUUAGAUAAGCAUUAAAUGAAAACUUGGAAAAAAGAAUACAAAAUUAAAACGAACCUGAAGGAUUUCUAGAAUCUGAAGCUGAUCUUCACGCAUCACUAAAGGAGGUUCAAGUUAUUAGUGCAUUUCCUCAAUACAUUUCUGAGUUUAUUGAAAACGAGGGUAUUCAACUUUUAAUUGAAAUAUUAGAUCAUUAGAAUCCAGAUAUCAACACCGAAAGUAUGACUUUACUUGUUGAAUUGACUGAUGAGGAGAUUCUGACUUCUAACCCUGAUUUUAAUAAGAUAGUUGAGAUUCUUAUAUAAAAUGAGGUAUGGAAUUUUCUCGUUAGAGUUUUACAAAAAUUAGAUGACAAUGAAUCUGAGGAAAGACCUUAGAUAUUCAAAUGCCUGAGUCUUAUUGAGAAUAUUCUGGACUAAAUGCCAAGUGAAGCAGCGAAUAAACUUAUGCACAUUGAUCCUUUGAUCGACUGGUUCAUAGUAUUUUUGACUGAGGGUGACAGAAAAUCUGAAAACUAUCUAUAAAUUGCUGAACUUUUAUUCUCAAUUGUCUCAUUUUCUCACAAUGAAUAUAAGUCUAAAUUCAAUAUAACACUUUAAGGAUUGGAAAGAUUAUUAAGAGUUGUAAACAGAUAUAGAAAAGAUUUUAAAAUAGAAUCUGAGGAAGAAUUAGAGGCUAUUGCUAAUAUUUUUGACACAAUAUCUGCUUUACUUCUAGUCCAAGAAAAUCUUGACACUUUUAGAAAGAUUGAAGCAUUUGAGCUGCUUACCAGUCUGAGUAAAAAGUAAAAGCUCCUCAGAAGACAUAUAAUAAAGGUUUUUGAUUUUGCAUUAGGAAUUGCACCAGCUCUUGAUAAUAAAAAGAAUUGCAGAUAUUUUGUUGACCAUCAAGGACUUUCUAUAAUAUUUGCAUUCUUUAUGCUAAAACAAGAAAUUAAGGAAAAGAAGAAGAAAAAGAAUUAAAAUUAAGAUACAAUAUUUGUUAGAGUUACUGCAGACGAAAUUUAACAAGAUGAAACAAGAAUCCUUAACAUAAUAAUAUCCUUAAUUCUAAAUACUAUUCCUGAUGAAUAGGAAUCUGGAAAGGUAAUACAUGAAAGGGUAUUAUUUAAGUUUAUUGAGAAUGAUUAUGAGAAACUUUAAAGACUAUUUGAGUUACACCUCAAAUAUUUCAGCUUGAUUGAGGAAUUCGAUCUAUCAUAAUUUCAAUAAAAAGAAGAGAUUGAUUACCUAGUUGAAGAUUAUCAAUUUAACAUUUUAGAGUAAGUUGAUUUCAUAAUUGGCUUUUUGAUUAGCAGCAAGUCUGCAAUUUAAUUGAGUGAUGCAGAUCCAAUUGAUCAUAAAAUAAAUGAAUUUAUAAAGCUAAAUGGAAUUAAAAAAGAAUCGUUAAAGGAAGUACUGAGAUUAUCACUUGCUAGAUAGAGUGAUUUAGACGAAAAGCACUUGAUUUACUAGCAUACAGAAAAUUUAAUUAAUUAAUUACAAUGA